AUGCUCCGUUAUGACGUGACCCCCUUCUCCGAGACCUUUCCGGAUAAGACUUCCACCUUGAAAGGAGGACGCAGCAGCAGCCUGGGCCUCCAUACCAAUUCCCUCCUCCUCUUUAGCAUCAGGCAGGUACAAAGCUCUCUUGUGGACUCCUCCGAAAUAUCAUUGUCAGAAGCGCUAGCACGGCUUCUACCGAAACCAAAACAGCAAAGGCAUCUUCACGAUGGAUCAACAAAUCAAUAUUCAGCAACCUCGCAGUUCAGUCAGCUACCGCCACAUUCUACCACAAGCUUAGCAAUCGAUGGCUUCUUUGUUUGUCAAUCUGCCUUGCAACACCUAUAUUUUGCGGAGGAAGUUGAAACGAGGAAGAUGUUGAAGGAGGUCUAUGCGGAGGAGUGCCAACUACUGCCCCUUUGUGAACUCUUUGCUAUGGCUGCGGUAGGGUGCUCGUGGGCAGAUAACAUUCCAAAAGAGGCGCACACAACAUUUUUUGACACCGUUAAGGCUCAUUUGGACCAAUGCUUGGAGAAGGACGAAUUGAAAGGGAUGAAGAUACUCGCUCUAGCCGCGUUAUAUUCAAUGUCGGAAAAGAAAGUGUCAAGCUGGGGAUAUGUGUGCAAGGCAUUACAGAUCGCCCAUUCCAGAGACCUUCAACUCAACACAUGGCCAAGCUAUAUGACCGAGACAGAUUGGUUUGGAUAUCGAAGGUUAUGGCGGACAUUAUUGUUUCUGGAAAGCUUCCUAGCCAUAUCCCUAGGCCGCAUACCCAUUUGGAGCGCAACAUAUGACACCAUCGAGCUUGCAGAAUCGGAAAGGAGCUACGAUUUCCGAAAUUCAUCACGGAGAAAUUCCUUACAAACGGAGAUUGUGAAUAUCGGGCUAUUAGCUAGCAGAAUCCUCAAAGGCGUCUUUACUUCCCCCGUUAUCGACCUCGAAUUCGUGUGCGACCACAUGGCGAAGUUGAAGCUACGUUAUGAAAAUCUGCCGGAGCCUAUGAAACUAGGCAGAUCCAAGUUGACCCCGGGAGAGUAUCUGGCCGACACAUCACUACUCACCCUCCACAUGGUGUACCUAGGGACUGUAAUACUCCUCACCCGCAGAGUGCUCGUCGAACUGGCAAGUGGAGCCGGAGGCGACUUGUUUGAAGGAAGUACUGGGGAGGCAUUGAGGCUUGCGAAAACAUGCUUAUCCGCCGGGAGGCAGACCUCGGAACUACUAGGGAGUCUGUAUUCACAUAAAGAUCUUUUCAAAAACUGCUGGGUGACUAUAUACUCAUCGUUCAAUGCUGGCCUCAUCCUGCUCUUCUACACUGCCCAAAAACGGACGCUCGGACAGCCGUACCCCCAGUACCAAGAGGACUUGGGCGCAGCCGCCCGAUGCACCCGCAUAGUGGAAUACUGUGCAAAACACGACGACCUAGCAAACUGUUACCUCAUACUUCUGAAACCCUUCAGACAAGCCGCCGGGGAUGGUACCGAUACAACAUCCUACCGUACACCUUCCGGCUUGAGCGAAUCUCCCGAAACCAGCGACCCGUCUUCGGAGGACGCAUCAUCAGAGUCAUCAGAAGAUGCAGAAAUUAACGCGCUCGUAAACCUACCAUUCCCGCCGCCGCACCUACACCCGCCCAUAAAACCACCGCGAAUGCCGCUGCCCAUCCAUAGCACUAGGUGGCUCGAAGCCCGGCCGCAGGUAUUGCCACGGGAGCGGAACCCCAGCAACCUCUAUCGCCGGUACGUAAGCCAUGGCCAGAACGGCCCUUCUUCGAGGAACACUUCACCAAUCAGAAAGCGAUCUUGCAGCAUUCAGUCCGAGGAACCGAGCAAGAGGUCUAAACUAUCCCCACAGCAACUGGAGGCUUUCCUUAGGAGGGUUACUUGA